GUGAAAAACUCUAGCUACAGCCUUCCGUCCUACCACCCGUAUAACAGCUAUGAGUGCUCCGAGGGCAGGCAGAGUGAGCAGGCUGGCCUGUGUGGUCUCUCCAACCUGGGAAACACCUGCUUCAUGAACUCUGCACUGCAGGUACCAUACUCUAACCCCUCAACUGUUAACUCUGAACUAUUGUGUGUAUGCAUUCGUUUUAAUUGUAUCAUGGCAGGAACAGCUGCGGUUAUUGAUUGACCUUUGGCAUUGUAUAAUACUGUUGGUUUAGGUGAUUCCUUUGACUGUUGGAUUUUUUAUUUGGAUUUUCUCAUUCCCUGUCUCUUGCAUAUUUUACUUAUUUUCCCAACUUUAAUCAUUUUUAUAUAUUUAUAUUUUUCUUUCUCAUUGUUUUUCUGCAGUGUUUAAGUAAUGUACCUCCUCUCACCGAGUAUUUCCUGAAAGACAAGUACAACGAUGAGUUGAACGAGGACAACCCUCUGGGAAUGAAAGGGGAGAUCGCCAAGGCCUACGCUGAUAUCACCAAGCAGUCAUGGUCUGGGAAGUACAGCUACGUCACACCACGGCCUUUCAAGGUAAUUUACGGUACCAGGGUUGGUGUCAAGUCCAUUUCCAUUCCAGGCCAUUCAGAAGGUACACUGAAAUUCCAAUUAUCUUCAAUGCUUUCCAAUUGGGAAAAUGUGUAAUUGGAAUUUGGUUUACAUUCUGAAUUGAAAUGGAAUUGACCCCAACCAUGUACUGUACCCAUACCUACCUGCUGAAAUUCACAUGGGCUGAAAGUUGUUCCCUCACUUCUGCCUUGAUUCCUUGUCUGAUCGAAAUCGGAUUGAAAUGCAGCUAUGAUGUGCCCGAUCCCAAAUUGACCCACAAGCCACAACAACCGAGACUCUUGAGCAGUGAUGUAGUGGUAGAAAAAAAUGGGUGGGUAAACACUGAUUUUCGUUCGUGGUGAAUAAAGUAAUGCUCCCUAUACUUUCAAUGCGGUUUUCCGCAAUAGGUGGGUAAACGUUUGCGCAAAAUAGAAAUGGUGCGUAAACGGUGUUUAUGUGCGUUUACCCUCGACUACACGACUGCUCUUGAGUAGAUCUGAAAGGAUCACACAUGUAAGAAAUAUGGCAAUAGUACUACUUUGCUAACUGACAGGCUACAUGUUGGUGGAAUCUGUGCUAUUUUGAUUCCUCUCAUUCAAGUUCCCUAGGGGUGAGGUGUCAAUUUGGAAUUUCCUAUAUAUCUGUUGCUGAACCUUUUUUGUGUAUGUCUGUUCUCCCCUCCCUCCAGACCCAGGUGGGUCGCUUCGCCCCCCAGUUCUCAGGCUACCAGCAGCAGGACUCUCAUGAGUUGCUGGCCUUCCUGUUGGACGGUCUACACGAGGACCUGAACCGUAUCAGGAAGAAACCAUACAUCCUGCUCAAAGACGCCGAGGGCAGGCCUGAC